AGGAGGAUGCAGGCGAAACAGGUGAGGCCCACCCUGUGGGAUGCAGUAGAAGAGGCCCGGGCCCGCCGGGCUGGCCUGAAGAGCCUGCGUUCAGGCCUCCUCGGAGACAACCUGACAGAUAGUGGGCUCAGCCAGUUGAGCAGGGCAUUGCGAGAAUUGCAGGUAGUAAAAGCCUGGAGCCGGCGCCCAGGGAGCCAGAUGCUCAAAAGGGUAAAAGCUGAGGCUGUGAGGCUCCCAGAACUACAGGUCAGAGAUUUAACAGCAAGCCAAAGCCCAGGAUUCCAGGGAGAGCCCAAAGUGGUAGGAAUAACAGCAUCUCUAGGACUUGGACUCCACCAAAAUCAUCCUCUUAGGGACUCUGAGGAACAGGUCCCAGAUGUGGCCUUGCAGUUCUUCUUGGCCCAGGCCCGGAGGAAGAGACUGCACGAACAGCACCAAAUAUGGAUCCAAGAGGAACUGAAGCGUUUGGGACAGGAGGAGGUGGUGGCAGGUGACCAGGUCAAAGCCCUGGUGGUUGGAAAGGAGGCCUCCAAGGAGAGGCAGAGAUGGCUCCGGGAGCAGACGAUGCUGAGACUGCGGCUGGAGGCCCUUCAAGCAGAGCAGGACACUUCGGAGCAGGACCUCACAGCCCUCUAUGACCUGCACGUGCAGGCUGCCCGAGCUCAGACACGCCACAUGCUGCAGGUAUUCCGAGCCUGGCGAAGGCUGUGGGAGGAGCAGGCCAUGACCACAGAGCAUCACCACCGCAGCCUACUGGCUGGUGUCCUACACAUCAACCUGGCCACGCAGAACCAGGAGCUCCAAGCCCAGAACCAGCAGCUUCAGCAGGGAGUAGAUUAGGCUGAGGCCAAUCGUUGGCAGAUUGAUGCCCUG